AUAUUCUCCGGUAGUGCCGCGUCUGGCUGCAGCGAGUCAGACAGCGAACAGAAACGAGCUGCAAGGGAGGGGUGCGCACUCUAAAGGGGAAUAUCUCCACCGCCGGCUUUCCAGUCUCCGGGAAUAACGCGCAUUCCACGCUUCGGGAUUGCACUGAUUUUUUUUUUUAAUUAUCACUGUUGUUUGGACACAAGGAGCAAGGACGCGCAUUGAAUUCGCAUUAGUGGAGCUUUUUUAAAACCUGCCGUCCCCAGCUCAAUCCCACCCUCCUCCUGUAAGUUUUCCCUCUUUGUUUCCAGACCCAUCCAAGAUGCCUAGUUCGCUGUUCGCCGACAUGGAGCGGAGCGGCAGCGGAGGGCAGGGGGACGCCCUGGAUGACCAAAGAGCCCUGCAGAUCGCUCUGGACCAGCUCUCGCUGCUCGGUCUGGAUAACGAUGAAAAUUCGCUGUAUGACAACGAGCCCAGGAAAAGGAGCGUGAACAUGACCGAAUGCGUUCCCGUUCCCAGCUCCGAACACGUUGCUGAAAUCGUCGGCAGACAAGGUUGCAAGAUUAAAGCCCUGCGAGCAAAGACCAAUACGUAUAUCAAAACUCCAGUGCGGGGAGAGGAGCCGGUCUUUGUUGUGACAGGCAGGCGAGAGGAUGUAGCCAUGGCUCGGAGGGAAAUCAUCUCAGCAGCCGAGCACUUCUCCAUGAUCCGAGCCUCGCGGAACAAAAACAGCAGCCUGAACGGGAACACCACGGCACCCGGCCCGCCCAACCUGCCCGGUCAGACCACCAUUCAGGUGCGGGUGCCCUAUCGGGUGGUGGGACUAGUGGUCGGCCCCAAGGGGGCCACCGUCAAGCGCAUCCAGCAGCAGACGCACACCUACAUCGUCACGCCCAGCCGUGACAAAGAGCCCGUGUUUGAGGUGACCGGCAUGCCGGAGAACGUUGACCGGGCCAGGGAGGAGAUUGAAGCACACAUCGCCAUGCGCACCGGCGGCCUGAUCGAGUUCACAGACGAGAACGACUUCCACGCCAACGGCACCGACGUGGGUUUCGAUUUGCAUGGAAAUGCCAGCUUGUGGAGCAAGCCCAGCUCCAGCGUCACUCCCACUUCGGGUCGCAAGCCGUUCUCCAAUUACCGCAACGACAGCUCCAGCUCCUUAGGGAGCGCCUCUACCGAUUCAUAUUUUGGCGGCAACAAUAGCAGCUCGAGGCUGGCCGAUUAUAGCCCGCCAAGCCCCGCCCUCAGCUACACUGCCUCCAGCAAUGGCAACAACAACAACAACAACAACAACGCCAAAGGAUUUGUGUACAGCGGCGAGGUGAUCUCGCCCGAUUGCGCUGACUUGGCCUUCGAUCCAUCACCGGGAUUCGACCCUACUCCGGCGCCGCCGGGCCUGAUGUGGUCGCAGUACGAGCGCGCCGCCAACGGCACCUCGGCCUCCUCGCCCGUUUUCCCCGCCAAUGCUUCCACGAACGCCAACGGGCUGCAGCGCCGAGCCAACCAGCCCAGGCUGUCCCCGCCUUUACACCAGGCCAAUGGUGCGGCCGAGCAUCCGUUGGCGCGCCGGGUGCGCAGUGAUCCGGGCGGAGGCACACUCAGCUUCCCCGCUUACUCGAUGGGAUCCCAUCACCCCGGCGUUCCCUCCGACUCAUCCAUCUCUUCGUCCUCCUCGUCAUCCUCUUCAUCCUCGCCUGGGACGAGCCGCAAGGGAAGUCGUGACUGCUCGGUGUGCUUCGAGAGCGAGGUGAUUGCGGCUCUGGUGCCCUGCGGCCACAACCUGUUCUGCAUGGAGUGUGCCAACCGCAUCUGCGAGAGGAACGAGCCCAAAUGCCCCAUCUGCCAUGCUGCGGUUACUCAGGCUAUACGUAUAUUUUCCUAAAGGGCGUCCACGCGCCCUCCGUGACUUCGUGAGAGCCUAAUAACGUGUGUUAUUGUACGUGUAUAUACAUAUGUAUGUAGAGCUGCAGUAUCCAAAAAGGGACGGCCAUUGUUCAUACUGUACUGUAGCUCGGGACAAAUAUUUUCAACAUCUAAUGCAUGUUUUAAAUAUUCAAGCAUAGUAAUCAAUAGUUUUAGUCAACUGUACACAAGCAAGCGUUAAUGGAGUAAGGACGGCCGACGGUCUCACCUGAGGUACCUUAGACUGUUAGCAUAAACGAGCCUUUCGAUUCCGCUGAUCGAAUGUACAGGUAGCAGACCUGGAGUUCGGGGGAAUCUGGACGGCUUCCUGUCUGACACACACACACACACACACACACACACACACACACAGAGAGAGAGAGAGAGAGACUCACAGCGGUGUGGAGAUACUGCAGCUUACGCGAUGGAACUCGUUUGAGGGAGAACGGCA